AUGUUCACCGCCGGCGAGGAGGCGGCGUCGCUGCUCGCCGACGAUUCGCGCCCCAUCGCCGACUACGGCGCGCAGUCGCCGGCCGCGGCGCCGUCCCACGCGAGAACGCGGCGCUACGCCGCCGGCGCCCUCUGCGCCCUCGCCGUCGUCGCCCUGGCGGGCGCCCGCGACGCGCCGGCGCCGGCGCGCGCCCAGACCGCCUUCGCGGCGCGGCCGGCCCUGGCCUGGGAGGCGGCGAACGAGUACACCGCGCGGCUCGGGGCCAUCGCGCGCGAGUACCCGUGGCAGGGCGCGGACUUCCAGGUCGUCGACUGCCUCAGGCCCUUCUCCCUGGCCCUGACCGUGGACCACCGGGCCCAGGAGACCGUGGCCUGGAGCCUGGAGGCGCCGGACCGCGAGGUGUCGACCCACUACGGCCCGCGCGCCGAGGGCCUCGUCCUCGUCGCCGUCGGCGACUACGCGCUCCGCGUCACGUCCGUGAGCGUCGACGGCGUCGUCGCCGCCUCCGGCGGCGGCACGGUCGCCGUGCGCUACGUGCGCCGCGAGCUCCGGGACCUCAGCGAGGCCGACCGGACGACGUGGCUCGACGCGCUCGCGUUGAUGUGGACCGUCGACGGCGACGAGGGCCGGAAAAAGUACGACGCGCGCUUCGUGAGCUCCGACGAGCUCCUGGCGCUCCACGCGACGAACAGCGCCCUGCGCGACAACGACCACUUCCACAACGGCGCGGGCUUCUUAGCCCAGCACCUCCGCCUCGACGAGAUGGUCCUGGACUCGCUCCAGUCCGUCGACGCGUCGAUCUCGACGCCCUACUGGGACUGGACCAUCGAGUCGAAGCUCGUCGAGGACCGCGUCAUCUCGUCGCCCCUGGACACGCCGCUGUGGACGGCGGACUGGUUCGGGAGCCUCAACUACGCGGAGGCGCCCGUCGUCGUCGGCCCCCACUACGGCCUGAGCACGGACGAGUUCUUCCGCCGGGGCUUCGAGGCCUGGGCCAUCCGCGACGGCCGCUGGGCCUACGCGACGGUGAAGCGCUACGACGACGUGAGCGGGGUCUCCUACCCGCUCAACUCCUACGGCUUCCUCCGGUCGCCGUGGAACAACAACCCGAGCCCCUACGUGACGCGCGUCAACUUCAAGUACGACGCGGACGACGUCGACGCGGGCCUGUCGCCGGCGAAGUCGUGGCCGACGUGCACGAAUUUGUACGACUUCCUGCUGCCCAACGCGACGGCCGUCGACUUCAUGACGCACCUGGAGGACAUGACCGUGCACGCGAACGUGCACCAGGUCCUCGGCGGCACGAUUUUAGACGUCGAGUCGACGCAGGCCAUGCUCGACGCCUACGACGCCGUCGGGUCCAGCGCGGCGUCCUGCUACCAGACCGUCGCCGAGCGCCACCUCUGGCGCAACUACUUUAGCGAGAUGAAGCCCGCGUGCGACCCGAUGGCCGUGUCGACGUCCGAGGACCUGCGGGCCUGCCAGCUCGACUGCGACGCGCUGCCGACGUCCCGCCUCGCGGAGAUCGGCCUCUGGUCCAUGUCCAACUACAAGUGCCCGAGCGACCACAGCGUGCCCGCGCUCGACGCGGAGGGCUUCGCGGCCGUCGGCGCCGCGGUCUGCGCGUCGACGUUCCUCAAGGGCGAGCACCUCGAGGCCUCGGGCACGACGGACCCGUCCUUCUUUCUCGUGCACCCGACGCUCGCGCGCUACUACCAGAUCAAGCGGCUCAUGCCCGCGUUCUCCUACGAGGACGACUGGGCGACCGUCGACGGCUCCUCGGACGCGUGCAUCCCCGCGAUCGGCGACUGCUUCAGCGACGGCCAGGGCACGGUCGAGGACCCGGAGGACUGCUGCGCGGGCCACUUCCGCUACUCGACGUUCUACGUCGACGUCGACCGCACCGUCGCGUCGGCCGCGAAGACGAACGAGGCCGUCGUCGACGCCGCGGACCCGCGGAACGCGGGCGCGGACAACCUCGUCUUCCACCACCUGCGCUUCGAGCACUGCGACGAGGACUUCUCCGGCCUCUUCGCCGGGAACUUCGACCGCACGCGCCAGCCCGGCGACACGCUCGAGAGCAUCGAGGCCGCGGCGGGCAAGGCCUCCGCGGACGCGCCGGGCGUCGCGGGCGCGUCCAUGACGGGCGAGAUCCCGAUCGAGGGCGGCCUCAGCCGCAACGACGCGUCGGUCUACGUCGCCGCCCUCUCCGGGGGCCUCGAGGCGGUCCAGGAGGCGAAGAAGGAUCUGCGGACGCGGUCGGGCGCCGUCGAGAAGCAGGCGCCCGCGUCGAAGCAGCGCGUCAAGGACGGCAGCCAGGUGCUCGAGCUCAAGGUUCAGGAAACCUCGGGCGACGCGCUCUGCUACCCGGACGGCGCGACGCUCUUCCCCGCGCUCCUCCAGGCCAAGGCGGGCUUCCACACGGGCGGCAAGCCCUGGGGCGGCAUGCUCCUCACGGACCGGGGCCAGUACGGCGGCCUCCACAGCAACCACCUCGACCCGACCUUCACCUACGACCAUCUGGCGGCGCUCCGGCCCGCCGUCGACGGCUACGACGAGAUGCGCGACGCCUGCGCGGCCGGCGGCGACUGCGCGUACCACUUCAAGAAGACCUGCACCUACGAGGACGCGGCCAUGCGCGGCAAGGACCUGGCCUACAGCGGCGUCUUCAGCUGCUCCGAGGCCUGCGUCGUCGACCGCUUCUACGCGAUCGACGACCCGGACCUCGACCUCGGACCCGACGAGCGCCGGUCCUGCGCGCAGCCCGUCCUCGCGACGCUCUUCAACACGCCGGACCUCUUCAAGUCCUGCCUCACGCCGGACUACGACUACACGCGCGGCGGCGCCGCGUCGGGCGCCGACGGCUGCCACGAGUGCAUCGACGCCUGCCACCGCUACCGCACCAUGCCGACCAUCGAGCCCUGCGGCGUGUCCUUCGACAAGGUCGCCUACGAGCUCCGCUGCAAGUACGCCGGCGACGAGUCCGGCGGCCCGGCGAACUCGGCGAGCCUCAAGGCCGCGGAGGCGCUGCUGCAGGAGUACCUGCCGGCGCUCAAGGCGCUGCCCGGCGCCGAGGUGACGCGCGUCAUGUGCGGCGGCUGCCACGACUUCAAGAUCGUCGUCAACCAGCCCUGCGCCGACCACGACGCGUGGAAGGCCGCGGACUACGCGCCCGCGCCCGAGAUCCUCGCGAAGCUCAAGGCCAUCGAGGGCAUCUCCUCCGUCGAGACGCAGGAGUACACCUGCCAGCCGCUCUAG